CUCUCGCCGGCUGCAUUGUGGGAAGCUGACCUCACUCGCUGCUGCCGCCGCCCCGCCGGCUCCGGCACUCGCCGCCAUGGGGGCCGUGACCGACGAUGAAGUUAUCCGCAAGCGGCUGCUGAUCGAUGGCGAUGGAGCUGGCGACGACAGGCGGAUCAAUUUGUUGGUGAAGAGUUUCAUUAAGUGGUGUAAUUCCGGAUCUCAGGAGGAAGGAUACAGCCAGUACCAACGAAUGCUGAGUACUUUAUCACAGUGUGAAUUUUCAAUGGGAAAGACUCUCCUGGUGUAUGACAUGAACCUGAGAGAGAUGGAAAAUUACGAAAAAAUCUACAAGGAUAUAGAAAAUAGUAUAGCUGCAGCCCAUGAGAAGAUCUCUGAAUGCAAAAAACAAAUCCUGCAAGCAAAAAGGAUUCGAAAAAAUCGCCAGGAAUAUGAUGCAUUGGCCAAAGUCAUACAGCAUCACCCAGACAGACAUGAAACACUGAAGCAGCUGGAAGCUUUGGGAAAAGAACUGCAAAAUCUUUCUCACAUUAAAGAAAAUGUUGAAGAUAAGCUGGAGCUGAGAAGGAAGCAGUUCCAUGUUCUCCUGAGCACCAUCCAUGAACUUCAGCAAACCCUGGAGAAUGAUGAAAAACUUUCAGAAGCUGAGGAAUCACAAGAAACUCAGAUGGAAGCGGAGGCCAAGCAGUAGAUGCCAUCUGAAGACUGACAAAUACUACUUAAGAAAGUCCAAGUAUCUUCACUUUCUGUUGAAAUCAACAGUAAGAGAGAUGGAGCUGGAAAUAGUUUUCUCCUGCUUCUGUGAAUUUUUGUACAAAAAUACGUGUUUUGCAUAUGUUUCAUGGGAAAAGAGUUGCAGAUGUUUGCAGGCAGGCACUCAGUGUUAAUCCACAAACUUUGUAAUUUGUGACAAAUAUACUUUGUUUCACAAAGGAUGAAGCUUUUACACCAUACUUGUGAACUAAGGUGUUUGUAAAACUUUGCCAAUAAAAGAUGUUUUCACAGAUUUUCCUAUUUUUAGUACGGAUUGAGCCUUAUUAUAAGGGCUUCUUUUCUUACAUGGCAUCAGACUGAGGGCAGUGCAUCUUUUCAUGAGUCCCAGUUGCCAUACCCUGUUCUAGAUGGGACCUAAAUCUGAACUAAGUUGGCUCUUAGUUUUUUAAAAUAGCUGCCAUUUAGAACUUACUGUGACUAGACUAGAAUUUGAUAGUUUCAUAUAAAAUAAAUUACUUCUAUAGAAUGAAUGCUUGUUAGGGGUUAUAAAAACCUAAAAAUGAUACUCUACUAGCUUUAAUUUUUUCCUCAAAGUGAUGCAAAGAACUGCAAUGAUCCAAGCCUUGCUCUGCUGUAUUUGUUGUACCAUAUCAAUAGUCACAUUUUGAAAUGGCACGUUUAAAACUUCAAUUUAAAAGCUUUGUUCUUGAAGAACCAGGAAUCCAAUCCCAGUAUCAUUUAUAAUCUGCUUCUGGAUUUUAUCUGUCAAUUGACUAUUAUCAAAAUACAUCAUAAUUUCUGAAA